AACAUCAUGAGCAUGCAUGUGUGAAAUGUAUAUAUAUUCAAUUCGUUUCUUUUCAUGAUCGUUUUAACUUUACUUUGAAUUCUUCUUUCAGAUAUCUAAUUAUUUAAAAUUCAUUAUUUCGUUAUAAUUGUGAUUUAUUUAAGCACUUCUGAAAACCAAAAACAAAAUGAGCCAAUCAAUAUUAUCCAACAACAACAACAACAACAGCAGCAAUAAUAAUAAUCAACCAAAUGCUGUCUUUACCAUAACUGAAAUGCCCGAUUUGGAACAAGUAUAUUCUCUAAUCAAAGCAAUGUAUGAACAAGAAGAAUGUAAAGAAUGGGCAUCUAAAUGGCUAGAAGCGCUGCAAAGAUCCGUGUUUGCAUGGAAAAUAUCUGAUCAAUUAUUGAUUAAAAAAAUUGAUUAUCAAUCAUGUUAUUUUGCUGCACAAACAUUGAAAACGAAAAUAUUACAAUCAUAUACUGAAUUACCAGUGGAAAGUUAUGAUUCAUUAAAAGAUUCGCUUAUCAAUCAUUUGAUCAAUAUGAAUGUGAAGCCAAUUGAAACACAACUUUGUCUCUCUUUGACGUAUAUUUUUUAUAUAAAUGAAAAUUGGAAACAUGCAUUCGAAGAGCUUUCACAAAAAUUAACAAAAGGUACAUUUAUUGAAAUUCUCACAUGUAUCGCUCAAGAAUAUGAUGAAAGUCGGCCAAUAUUUAAGCUGCCCAGAGCACGACGUGAUCAACUUGAACAGUAUAUGUCAAAUAAUUUUUCAAUGGUCAUUCAAUUGUUAAUUUCCUGUUUUCAAGAGUUACGUACAUGUAAUGAUACUGCUGUACAGGAAUUUAUCAGUCAAAAAUGUUUAUCUUGUUUUGAAUCCUGGGUAAAUUUUGCCAAAAAUGAUCACGUGGAUUUGGUUCGUCAGAUGUUGACGAUAAUUUUUGAAUUUCUAAAAAAUCCUGAUUGUUCCAUAGAAACACAUGAGAAAGCAUCGGAUGCUUUCUGCAAAGUGAUUUAUCAAUGUGAAGCACAUAGUAAUUUUUCCGAUCUACGUGUUCAAGUCAUUGAAAUGGUUUAUGCAUUGGAAACGAGCUAUGAUAAUGCAUUGGCUGUAGAAGAUUCUUCAAAGUUGAUGGAUUUGGCAAGAAUUUUUGUUGAAUUGGGCAAUUCAAUCAUUGAAUUUUUGAUUUAUGAUCAAAUUGAUUUGAAAAUCAUGCAACUGAUUCUUAAAUGUGUUGGACAUUAUGAAUUUGAAGUGGUGGAAAUUACAUUCAGUUUUUGGUAUAAUUUUUCCGAAAUUCUUCGUAAACAUGAUUAUGCAAAAUUUGCUCCAUACUAUAAUCAUCUGUUCACAUCUUUAUCACGUCUUUGUCGUUUAGAAGUUGAUUCAGAAAUUAUUGUUGAUGAAAAAUCUGAUGUCUACGAUUAUCGAUCACAAAUUCAUGAACUAAUACAAGAAAUCGCCAUUUGCAUUGAUUGGGUCAAUUAUACCAUCUCGAUGAAUGUUAUGGAAAAUUUCAAUUCGACAACAACUUCAUGGGAAAUUAUUGAAGCCCAUCUAUACAUCAUGUAUUGUAUCGCCUAUACGGAUAAUAUUGAUAAUGACAAUAAUCCACUUAAAAAUGAUGUUUUAUCUGCAAUGAUUAAUUAUCUAUUGAAUUUACCGAAUCAAUCUGUCGCAGAACAACAACAACAACAACAACAACAAGUACCACAUGUACAGAUUUAUGCUACUGGUUGUGAUCUAAUUGCUGAAUUAAAUGAAUGGAUCAAUGACAAUACAAAUUUCUUACAUCCAGUUAUAAUAUUUUUAUUGAAUAUUAUUACCACGAACCAUGUGAAGCUAACAAAAUUAUCAAUUAGAGCUGCCAUUGCUUUGAAACAAGUCCUGAGUACUAUGACCAAUAUUGUUGAUUAUGAUUGGAUCUCCAAAUUAUUUAAUGAUCUAAUACAAAUCUAUAAACUAAUUGAAGAUCGUGUUGAAUUGGGCGUACCGAUUAUGGCCUGCUGUACAGCCAUAUUGUCUAAUGAAAAUAUUGAAAAAUGUGAACAACAAGAAACAUUUUUUCAACUAUUGUUACAAAAUUGUCUGGACAAAAUUCAAGUUGUAUUGAAUCAAAAAUUAUCGAUAGAAGAACAUAAAUUAAAAUGGGAAAAAGUCAUUGAUAAUAUUUAUGCUGCAUUCAAAAAUUUUCGUCCCAAUGACAAGACGAAAACAUCGACUGUGAUACAUGCGCACAUUAGUGAGAAUAUAUGGCCAUUUUUAAAAGAAUCUAUUGUACAUUUUGCACCAAUCGAUACUCAAGUGAUUGAACAUUGUUCACGUUGUGUUCGUCAUAUUGUACGUUCAAUGAAACCAUCUUAUCUUUUGCAACCGAUCGUUGAUCAUAUUGUUCCAUUGUAUCAAAAUUUUCCAAGCAAUUCCUCUCUUUUAUAUAUUGGUGCUGUUCUGGUCGAUGAAUUUGCCGAUCCAAAUAAUCUGAUUUUAGCCGAUGGCUUAAUUCGAAUGCUAAAUGCAUUUUCAAUGACCACAUUCCAUAUUCUAAAUGAAAACACAUUCAAUCUUAAUCCUUACAUGAUUGACGAUUAUUUCAAUUUAUGUACACGUACAAUGACCAAUCUACCGGAAAAAUUUUUGACAAAUGUUGAAACAUUAAACGGGAUUGUCAAUUUGGCUAUCAUGUGUCUUUAUUUGCCACAAAAAGAAGCAAGUGAAUCGAUAAAUAAAUUCCUGAUUGAAUUUUUCAAGUUGAAACAUCCAGUGGUCACCACACAAUAUGCGGCUACCGAUUUUGGUCGAAAUAUAUUUUUUUCAUUGAUAGAUUCAAUAAUGUUUAAAUUGCCUAGCUAUUUCAUAGCGGAUAUGGUGGACACAAUAUGGACAUUUAAAUGCAACUACGCUCAGUUGUAUGAUCAAUAUCUACAAUAUACAACGGAAAAUUUAUAUCAAAAAAUACAAAAAGAAAAAUAUAAUAUUAGCCACGAUAAACUGAAAGAUUUCUACGAAAGUCUACGAAGUGCCAAUAAUGCUAAACAAAUGGCCAGUGAAAUACGACACUUGCAGCGUUUUUUCAAUUCACGAUGAUGAUAAUCAAUUUCGAUAUGGCAAAAAUAUGAUCAUUAACGUAACGUAAUGUAUGAAUCUAAUUAAUUGGUGUAUAUAUAUCAAACACACAUGGCAACGAUGAUUAUAUAUUAUAAUUUAAUUUUCAACAAUUUUCUUUU